AUGAAUGAAGAAGCAGAUUAUUCAGACUCUAGGGAAUCCUCAAAUGGAACUGCUGCAGUGGAAUCUAAAAUUGCCAUUAUUACAAUCAGAUUAACACGUUAUAUUCUAGCCCAUAGUGAGUCUCAAAACACUAUUAUAAGUAGAGAUAAAUUAUUGAAGACUUUACGUGACUUCUAUAAGGAAGAAAACUGCAGACCUGUCGUAUUUGCCGUUAUAUUUGAUCAAGUGAAUCAAGUAUUAUCAGAAACAUAUGGAUACGAGUUACGUGGUAUUGAGGCUAAAUCCAAGACCGCUAAGGGAAAAGCUCAGGAUAAUAGUGGCUCUAUGACACAAGGUGGUGGAGAUCCUUCUUCUAUUUCCGGCACAACAGUAACUGACGCUGCAACUCCAUCAUUAGGCGCUAAAGCAACACAUUUUAUUCUACUAAAUAAAUUAGCUUAUCUGUCUCAUUUCGAGAAUUUCAAAUUGGAUCAGACUAUAGGAUUGUAUAAUGAUACAAUUGAUCAAGAUGAAUAUAUUGGAGACGAUAUGAGUCGAAGCAAUGUGAACACUUUGGAGAGCAGACUCGGUGUCGAUCAAGAGAUGGCAUUACAAGGUAUUACAUGUCUAUUUUUAUGCAUUAUCUUAUUCUCAAAAAAUAAUAUCUUACAUCAGGAGAUCAUCGUGUAUCUAAGUAAGUUCGGUAUACCUGUUGAUGGUACAGAGAUUCCAAUCAUUGGAAUGUCAUUAGAUGAUUUUAUCAAGCAUAUUGAAAAAAAAGAAUAUAUAGUUAAAUUAGAAGAAAAACCUACAGGUAAUGAUAAUUCUAGUAAUAUGACAGGCAUUACCAUAUACAGGAUCGGUAGACGUACUAAGUAUGAAUUCGACGUGUCAUCGUUAGUCAAGAUGUUGGAACAAAUAAUGGGGAUUACAGUGGACAAUACACUAUUAGAAGAUAUCAAGAAGAGUGUCGGCAAUGCUUAUGAUUAA